ACCUAGAAAUGAAAGAUAUUUGUUAAACCAUUUUCAGACUCUUGAUCUUGAUAUUUCUUAUUUUGUUCUUGGUUAACUUUAGUGCCUUUCUAGCGAAACUAGUGAAAAACAAAAAAUAAUACAAUUCAAAUUUAGUUUGCUAUAAUGUCAGCUCUCCGUGCUAGACUAAGUUCCACAGUAUUCGUUAGAAGGUUGCUUUAUCAAACAAAAAAUAAUUCAAAGACAAUCGUAUACGCUAAACCUAUAAAUCACAAUGGCAAGUUUGUGUUUGUUUCAAACUACAGUACUGUGUCGGAUCAUCAGCCGGCCGACACAGUAAAAGGCAAUGCAGAAAGAAAAGAGUUCCAGGCUGAAACCAGAAUGCUUUUAGAUAUUGUAGCUCGUUCCCUUUAUUCAGAUAAAGAAGUAUUCAUUAGAGAGUUAAUUUCCAAUGCCAGUGAUGCCUUGGAAAAAUUUCGCUACUUAAGUGUUAGCUCAACACCAGAAUCACCAAAAUUGGAACACAUUGAUAGGCCCUUAAAUAUCCAGCUAACAACAGAUAAACAGAACAGAACACUGACAUUUCAGGAUUCUGGUAUAGGUAUGACUAAAGAAGAAAUGAUACAAAAUUUAGGAACAAUAGCUCGAUCAGGUUCAAAGUCAUUCAUAGAAGAAAUUAAAAAACAAGGGGCCGAAGAAGCCAGUUCUAUAAUUGGACAAUUUGGUGUAGGAUUCUACUCGGCAUUUAUGGUUGCUGAAAAAAUUGAAGUCUUUACAAGAAGUAGUAUUGAGGGCUCCCAUGGAUACAAAUGGAGCUCUGAUGGGUCUGGUUCAUAUGAAAUUCAAGAAGUUGAUGGAGUUCCAAUUGGUACUAAAAUAAUUGUGUACUUGAAGACUGAUUGUAGGGAAUUUGCAGAUGAUACUACUGUCAAGAAUAUAAUAAUGAAAUAUAGCAAUUUUAUUGGCAGUCCUAUUCUUCUGAAUAAUGAACAAAUAAAUUCUAUUAAGCCGCUUUGGUUGAUGGAGCCCAAAGAAGUAACACAAGAGCAGCAUAUUGAGUUUUAUAGGUUUAUCAGCAAUUCCUAUGAUAAACCACGUUUUACGCUCCAUUAUAAGACAGAUGCCCCCUUGAGUAUAAGAUCUAUAUUGUAUGUGCCAGAAGGCAAACCAGGACUGUUUGAAUUGUCAAGAGAUUCAGAUGUUGGAGUCGCUCUGUACUCUAGGAAAAUCUUGAUUAAAAAUAAGGCUGAAAAUAUCUUGCCUAAGUGGUUAAGAUUUGUUAAAGGUGUUGUUGACUCUGAGGAUAUUCCUCUCAAUCUGAGUAGAGAAUUGUUGCAAAACAGUGCAUUAAUUGCGAAAUUACGUCAUGUAUUAACAAAUAGAUUUCUGAAAUUUAUGGUUGAAACAUCUAAUAAAGACCCAGUCGGAUAUGACGCCUUUUAUAAAGACUACUCUCUUUUCUUUAAAGAAGGAAUUGUUACUGGUCAAAGUCCUUUAGAAAAGGAAGAAAUAGCUAAAUUACUUCGUUUUGAAUCAUCUAAAUUGGAAAGUGGCUCUAAAACUUCUUUAGCUGAUUACAAUUCACGUCAAACUAAUGAUCAAAGAAAUAUAUACUACUUAGCAGCUCCUAGCCGUGAAUUAGCACAAUCAUCGCCCUAUUAUGAAUCCCUAAAGAAACGUGAUGUCGAAGUUUUAUUCUGUUAUGAAAUGUAUGAUGAACUAGUUUUAUUGGAACUAAAGGAGUUUGGAGGAAGACCACUAAUUUCAGUCGAAAAUGACAUGCAAAAGGAUCCCACUGAUACAUCAGACAAUAUAAUUGGGAGUAAUGAUUUACAACAAGGUCAAGUCAAUGAAAUUAUAACAUUCCUUAAAUCAAAUUUAUCUGGUAAGGUGUUCGAUGUACGAACGACGCAAAAAUUAGAUUCACACCCGUGUGUUAUCAUUGUUCCCGAAAUGGCGGCGGCGAGACACUUUAUUCGAACACAGGCCCAGAACCUUAGCGAAGAAAAUAGAUUUGCGUUAUUAAGGCCACAGCUAGAAAUAAACGCAAAGCACCCCAUAAUCAAAAAACUACACAAGCUUAUAAAUAGCGACAAAGAUCUAGCAAAUAUGGUAGCCCAGCAGCUGUUUUCUAAUGCGAUGGUGACAGCUGGUUUACUUAUGGAUGCUAGAAAUUUAAUUACAAACAUUAAUGAUCUUUUAGUUAAAGCUUUAGAAAAACACUAAAUUUAAAAAUGUAAUUAUAUUGUAAUAAAUUUAUGCCAUAACGUU